UCGAUCUGCAUGCGCGACGUGUCUCCUUCCCUCCUGCCACGCGUACCUCGUCAUCCUCGGCCAGCUGCGCAUGGCUCCUGCUGCAAACCUUCGCCGCCUAGUUUGCUCCAUUCCCCUUCGUGCGGUGCUGGUGACCUGGUGUACACAGCAUCUCAUCCCCAAUGGAUACAGGGCGCCACCACCCGUCCACGUACGACUACCACGACGACUACCGCUUCUUGCCGGCAGCCGGAGAGCUCACCGGCGGCACCGACAUCCUUCUCCUCCUCGCCGUCCCGGCAGGCUGGCUCAUCCGGCUGGUCGCCUUCCUCGGCGAGCGCGUCAUCUCCGCGGUCCUCACCCUCGUGGGCAUCCCCGUCGCGGCGGUCGUCGGCGAGCUGCGCGCCGUCCCAGCGACCGCGUCCUCCCUCGCUCGGCGCGCCGCCGUCGGCUUGCUCGCCGCCGCGUUCACCUUCGCGGCCCUUGCCUCCGUGUUCGUCCUGUCCCUGCUGCUCGGCUUCGCUCUUGUCCGGCACUGCGUCGACGACCCGGUCACCGUGCGCCAGCCGCUCUACUUCGACUACACAGAGCCACAGCCGAGCGCCGCCGUAGCACUCGGCGGCGGGUGGGGCGCCGCGGCGCCACUGCUUCCCGGGGGGCACUUCGUCACGGUGUCCCUGACAUUGAUCCUUCCUGACUCCGACCACAACCGUCAGAUCGGCGUCUUCCAGAUCAAAGCAGAGGCGAUCGCUCCAAGUGGAACCACCAUAGUGUCCACCACCCAGCCGUACAUGCUGAGGUACAAGAGCACUCCGGUGCGGCUAGCGCAGUCGGCGCUAACCAUCGUGCCGCUCGUCAUGGGCGUGCGCAGCGAGAGCCAGUCCGCGACACUUAAGAUGCUGCAGUACAGGGAAGGCCAUGGCCGCCACAAGAAAACAGGUCGCAUCAGAGUUUUUCUGCAGCCAAGAGCCUUGACAGUGCAUCUGCCCCAGGUGUACAGAGCAGAGAUCACCGUGCAGACCUCGCUUCCAUGGUUGAAGGCCAUGGCACGCAGCUUAAAAUGGACAAUGUGUGUAUGGAUAUCUUUCUGCAUCUAUGUCAUCCUCUCCGUUUUCGCCGUUUAUUGGGUCCGGACACUCGUGCUAUCUGCGUGGCAGUGGGACAUGAGAUUAUCUGAUCAUCAAGUCAAGGGGAAGACAACUGCUAAUCUGGGUAGAAGAGAUAAAGGUCAGAGCUCACAUGAGGAACCAUCAAGAGGUGUUGUGAAGUGGAGGGAUAGGAGAGGGAAGAGGAAAGCACAAGAAGCGUUGCAUGACCCAAUGGUUGAGCUCAAGCUCGAUGAAGGCUCAGCCUCUACUGCUGCAGCGGUCGAGACUGAUGAAGUCAUUGACGGCGAUCAUGGGGAGUCUCAUACUGCUCGAUCGGCCGUGUUCAUGUCCAGUUAGUUCAGUCAAAGUAGUUUGCUCUAAGGUUUAUGUUGACUGUUUAUCACGUUCCUCGCACGUAAUGUAAUGCAAAUAACGCCAACUGAUAGGCUGCCGGGAGUCACGCAAUUUGUGUUCCUUAUUCAUGUUUCUUCCAUGCUUCUAGUAUUUCGUUAACUUAUGUUUGCAGGAACGUUGUAUUGUCUCCUUCAUGGUUACAGAUGUUGGACAGAUGAGCAUGUAGCAGCAUGCUCAUAUUUCAGGUCAGUCUCUCAGCAAUAAUGUACUUGCACA